UUUAAUGUAUGUUUAAUGAAUGUUGGAGUUAUUACAAUUACAAUUAUUAUUAUUAUUACAAUUACAAUAAACCAUUUCACUCAGUUCUUCUUUAAAAGACACUUGUGAUGCCUGUCCUUAAUGAACAUGCUUUUAGAUUUAUGUUCUAAGAAUUCGCUUGAGUUUCCACAAAGGGAUACAUGUGAUUGUGGCAUUGCCCUCAUUACUUUGACCUCCUUUGUUGGUCCAAUAACAGAGAACUGAGGUGAAGUGUAAAGGUCAUGUUUGUAUACACAUGUUAAGAGGGCAUCACUGUAUAAUAUUGUACUGUACGUUUUGUCCCAUCUUCAUCUUUUUUUUAAAGUAAGGGAAUUGCUUGCUUUUAUCCUCCUCUUUGCUUGUGCAGCUUUGUUUAUGAGUCUUGACAUGACAGUCCUCAUUCCCUGCAGGACCCCAGCCCCUGCUGACUUUGUCUUGUUGGAGGAUGAGUUGUCUAAACAGAAACCAGUUGCUCAGUGAAUUCAGAUAGCAAGUGUGAGGCGGCAAUCAUUUGGCCAUGUCCCUUUCUGAGCUCAUAUGUUUGGCCUGUCAUUGUUCCUUUCCAGCCCCUUUAGUCACGGCCGGGUUGAUGCUUUCCUGUGUCCUCAUCAGACACUGGGUUAAUCACACCCCUGGGGAAGUUCCUAUCUCCCAUCUCUGACUGCCUAAAUGAUGUGGCAUAGCCUUCACUGUCAUUCUGGCUGUACUUAUCCAAGUGUAAACGCUUUAUUAUUAUCUUUGGUGUUGCCAGUCACAACCAGUGUGUGUGUCUUGGCACGCAGAACCAUUAUUUAUGCCUUUGUGUUUUGUCCUAACGAUAUGUUUGCUGUAUUUGUUUAUGGGAUGAAGUUAGGUUUGCAUCCCAGCGACCAAUCAUUAUGCAUUUGGCAGAAUUCCCAUUCAACAGUAAUGGUCAGUGAGAAGUUUAUAAAACAGAAGUUUUGAGACAGCUGCAACAUCUAGGCAAAGAGAGCAUAUAAUGUGUGUCUGUGCCUCAAGCUCACUGUCCCCAAAUAUGUCCAAAGGUAUGUGGAUCAGUGUCUAUUUUAGAAGCAUCCAUGGGAAUUGAAUUAGGCCAUGAGGUUACUGGAUUUCCCCCAUUGGGUAAAAACAGCUCACGUGAACAAUAAAAGGAGGAAAAUAAAGGAAUGUGAAUAAGAUAACACCACCACAGUUUCUCGCCGCAAUAAGUGGUGGUAAAAAUCCUUGGUCAAAUAUUGCAUGUACUAGAUUCUCAGGUGUUCUGUGGUCAUAUACAAGUAACUAUGAUCAUGCAUUAUAGAUGUAUGCUGUUAAAAAAUAAUCUGCUUUUCAGUAUAUACUUUAGUUGAAAUGUUUCUAGUUGAGCUGUUUACUUUAGCCGACAGUUGUAAAUUACACACAAAUUCAUGUAUUGAUCUGCUUUGGCAUAUUUUGCUUUUACAUUUAUCCUUCUCUUCUCCGAGGUUCUCAUGUAACUAUAAUAAAGGUGAUACUCAUAAUGAUGCAGCCUCAGAUUUAGGAGAAUCGAAGGCAGCAAACAGUCUCACUGUCAGAUGAGUGCAGAAGCAGCAUGUGGGCAUAGCGGGGGUUGUGUAGAGGAGGUGGGGUCUGUCCCGUGUGUCAGCAGCCCGAUGGAUAGAACAGGGGCAUAGCAGAGUGAGUAUGAAAGGACACGCCGUGCAAUGCAGACAGAGACUGCAGACAUGCAGCAGCACAGAGCGGCAUAUAUGUUUAAAGAGGCUGCAGCAAAGAGGGCUAUUGAUGAGGUGUGUUAAGAAUGACAUCUUUGGAAACCUGAUAUUAGGGAUUACUCAAACAUGUGACUGCACAACUACUCCAAGUGACUUUGAGGUCAAGUUUGCGGACCCUCAACAUGGUCUCUCUGUGGAAUAUUUAUUUUCUCUUCCCUCUCUCUUUGCCUCACUCGCUUCAUGCCAUAGCGUUAACUGGAGAAAAUGUGAAAGAAACACAACAGCCAGACAGUGACAAGGCAGGGCAGUUUCUGAAACAGCUCUCAAGUAGACCUCAUGUACCCGGUUUAGCACCAAGUGAUCCCAUGAUUGCACCCGAGGAUGAUGACUUCCUGGGUUCCCCUUUAAGUUGGUCCUUAUCAUCAUCUGAGGACACAGACAGACAAGGUGUGAUUGGUGAAUACGGCGAUUUACUGGAGAGCGCUGAGACAUCUCUUUUAUUUCCUAAUGAGAAGGGACCCAUACCCACAAAGGGUGCUACAGUAGAUACCGCCUCCACAGAGAGAAUGCAAACAAUGAAGUCCUCAUCAGCAAGUGUACCACCCAAGCUUACCCAUGAACAAACAUUAAAGAAUCAGCCAGCUGAGACCAACACUGCAUCGAUUUUGUAUCCUAGAGAGACUGGAGAGAAUCAGCCAACAUUCCCAGGCUUUCAAAAUCAGAUGACUGAUACUCACUUACCCUCUCUUCUCCCUGGCUCACUCCCAUCACACACAUCAGAGCAGAACUCAACUUCAUCACUGCCCACUGGACCGGGGCCAGACACUCUUGGAUGGACCACAGGCAUUUCUGUUACCACAAAGGGAAACAGAGAUGGAUUCAUUGAUAUUACAGAUCUUAUUUUACAGAGAGAAACUGCCAGCAUGGAGGCAAAAGAAGAUGACUCCAAGAAUGAUUCAAAAGCCAGAAGCCCAAGCCGGCUAGAUGGUAACAUGGACACAAUUGCCACAACCUGCAAAACACUAAAUCAUUCCUGGACACCUACCUACCCAGAGGAUUUUACUCACAACAAGCCUCUGCACCCCUUUCUGGCUCUCACCCCUUCAUUUUUGGUCCCUUUGUAUUCAGACUGGAACUCUGCCCUGGCUACAUGGGGAUUUGCAUGGGAAGCACAUAUCUAUGGCCUGGGCUCUGUCUUCACUGUAUUUGGCCUAAUCUCUGUAGUCUGCUUGUUAGGGCUGCCCCUGAGGUGUCCCCCAGGAAGCCCCUACUUCACAAUGCUGCACUUGUUCAUUUUGGCAUUUGCAGGGAUCCAGGCUUUCUGUUUGCUUUACGAUGCUUACAGUUACCAAGAUCGCCUUUCCCCUGUGGUCUCUCUGCUGCUCUCCGAACUGCCAUUGCCAUGUUUGAUCUCAGCAUUUUCCCUGGCCUUCCUCCUUCUUUCCUUUCGUUCACGCAAGCAUCUUUCCCUUCCACCUGUUAUUUCUGCCUCCUUCUCAGCCUUGCCAAAGCCUUGCUUGUUGCUAUGUUUGGCCCUGUUACAUUUUAUUAUCUCUUUGGGGUGUUUUGGGAUUUUUCAGCACUUUCACAGCCUCCCGACUGUCAUCCUGCUCUUUCCUCAGGGUGUGUUUGUAUGUCUCACCACCUUUCUCUCAUGCUCAUACCUCAUCUUCUACUGCUUAACACAAGUCAACAGUAGAAACAUUUACAGGUUAAAUGACAAUGGAGAGAGUGGAGGAUCUCCUGAGGUGAUGCGACCUGCAAUUUGCCCCUUUGCUAGUAUGAAGGACUGGGGUAGGGCAGCAGGAGCUGGAGUAGUAACUUCUUUGUGUUUGUUAGGGUGUGGAGGUCUUCAGCUUUAUGGGAUCCUGCAUGCCCUUGGUUUGGGUGGGGUUGAUGGCCAUGGGUUUCAGCCUUGGCCAUGGUGGGGCUACCAGGUAGGCUGCAGACUCUGUGAGAUUGGGGUGUGUCUAGGUUUGUCUGUCAUUGGCACACAUCCUCUGUUCUGUAGCAACUCUAACAAGACCCUAGCACAUCCUAGACCAGGAUCUUGGUCCCGUCUAUCCUGUGGCUCUCCUUCACGAAUGCUCACCAUAACCUCUCAGGAUGGUGCAAAUUCCCCCGUCCUUUCCCAGGGUAAACAAGAAAAGCUGGUGGCUUGUGAUGUUGUCGUCAAGGAGCAGUCAGAGGUUCUUCCUCUUUGCUCAAUUGUGGAGUCUCCUGGGAAUAUACCAGACUGUGUUCACAAACCCAGCCAAAGCAAAACUGUACUACCUCUCCCCACACCCCCAAACCCACCGCAUAAACCUACAGCCUCAGCUGAGGCUCGCCUGUCAUCACUGGAUAAUUUAGGUCUCGAGACUGACUCGACUGUGGAUCUGCGGCCUCCAUCUCCCAUAGACUUGUCGCGCAGCAUCGACCAAGCUCUGUUCAGCGAAUCCCUGUUUUCUCAUAGUAUCUUUGGUUUCCCAAGACUCAUACCUGCUUCCUCAAGCCUUUCCUUGAGCUCCCCUAGCCAAAGUACAUCAAACCAAGGGCCCAGCUCUGUGGGAAAUACCCUUUACCGAACUUCUUCUUGUGGAGAUGUAGAUCAAGAGAACACCUUGUCCAACUCCAGGUAUUCCCAACCUCAAGGCUGUAUGACAGCUCGUAGAAAUCAACCAUUAUCACCAGACCAAUGCGAUUGGAAAGGGAGUGUUACUGGUUCAACCCAGGGCCUUUGCAGCCAUUCCAAAGAACCAGGAAAGCUGCGAUCACAUUCAUGGGCCAACAGAGGGCAAAAUUUUACUCAGAGCAGCCUCCCACGUGCCAUCCCCCACCUGCAAUACCACAGACGUUACCGAACCCUGAGCUUAGCUUCCCAGGACAGUCGGGGGUCUGGCCGAUUGGCAGGAACUAAACACCUGAGUGAAAGCAAACAGCUGGAAUGGGAUAUGGCUGUACAAGCAGAGUUUGUCAGUGUGUGCAAACAAAUUGAUGCACUGAGUGUUUGCAGUGACACCAUUGAAUUGUAGGAAGCUAAAAAAAUAAAUAAAACUGGGUGUAACUGGAAUACAAAUUAUGUAGAUUUAACUCUAUUUAGGUUAGAUGGGGGAAUUAAACCGUAGUCUAUAUGUCAAAAAAGUUAUAUAGACCUAUAUGAGCCAAUAUUUUUUUGUAAAUACUGUACUGUGGAUAUUGUAUAUUCAAACAAAAAAAAAGUUUAUAAGACUGAUUUCAUUAUGCUGUUUUCAGCAACUUAUUUCUUCCUUGCAGUAUUGCUUUAUUUGAGCAACAUUAUAAUUUUAGUAUGUGUCCAUAUGUAAAAUCAAACACUUGUUUCUAAAAAAGGUAAUAUUUGUGGCAAAGAAGUUAACCCAAACGGGAGUUCAAUUUUUUUGCUUUAUUUUGUUUUAGUGAAAAUCCAGGAUUGUGUCGAGAAAAUCUAGCAGCCAUAGGACAAGCAAAAGUCACAAAAGUUAAAGUUUGCGUUGCUGAUACGUUCUGUGGUUUGUGAGACAUACUUGAAAGGGCUUAACUUUCUCCGCUUCCCUUUUCUGAUAGUGUGCUAAAAGAAUUACAGUCUAAAUAUAUAAACCUUUUGAGGUUUCUUUGAAUUUUGAGUGUAAAAGCAUUCAUGUCACCUUUUAAAGUACCAAUAGGGACAAGCUGGUGUUGUUUGUUUGUUUCCCUUGAGUUGUUUCUGGGUGUUUUCUUUUAACAGUGGAAUAUCUUUGAAGAAUGAAAACAACGUCAUUACAGUGCAUGAAUUUAAAAUGGUAGCGAAACAGUUUUUAAAUAGUAUCAAACUGUUGUUUGAAAAAUUAUCUUUAUUCAAAUACAUAUACAUCCACUAUAUAACACAAGUUACAUUAAAUGAAAGUUUGAUUCCUAGGUUGACCAAAAAAGAAGAUGUUAUUUAUGGCAUUAUUUAUAAUUAAGAUGUGUCAACUAGUAAGAAGUUUAAUUAACUGGUGACAAAUUGUUGGCAAAAUUGAAAAUUAACUGUUGAUUUUUUUUAAAACUGAGUAAUACAUGUAAUACGUGUCAAACCAAAUAUGUUGAG